CCUGAAGGAAAAUCCUGAAACCUGCUUUCUUAUUUUUUUGCUCGUGCAUGCGCACAGCACGCGUGAGGAGGAAUCGUGUGUGUGUGUGGAAUCGCUUGCACCUCAGUGCCUCUGCGCAUCUCUGUAUCAUGGCGAGCGUUUCGGCGAGCGCGCGGUCUCCUCAGAGAGAAGAAAAGCAUCUCAGAAAACGCCACGGGGCAGAUCGGUUACAACCAGAUGAUAGAUGCUGAAAGACUUUUACCCAGAAACGCUGACGUGGUGUGAAGAAAAUUUUACUUUAGGUCCAAGAUGAAAAUCCCUCAGGUCAUGAUGUGGUGAGCUUUAAGGCAGCAGACACGGUGGUCCAGCUGUGCGAGACCCGGAACCCUAAACCCGAGUCAGAGGACUUGUCCUUCGGCACCGUGUUCACAGACCACAUGCUGCUCAUCGAGUGGAGCAGUGACGGCGGCUGGGAAAAGCCUAGGAUUCAGAAAUUUGGAAACCUGAGCCUUCAUCCUGCCUGCUCUGCCCUGCAUUACGCUGUGCAGCUGUUCGAGGGCAUGAAGGCGUACCGGGGGCAGGAUGACCGAGUGCGUCUCUUCCGGCCCAUGCUGAACAUGGAGCGUAUGCUAAAGUCUGCACACAGAGCCUGUCUACCUACUUUUGAUGGUGCUGAGUUGCUGGAGUGUAUCAGGAAACUGGUGGAGGUGGAUCAGGACUGGGUUCCUCACUCCGACUCGGCAAGUCUCUACAUCCGCCCCACUUUCCUGGGCACAGAGUCUUCAUUAGGUGUGAAGAAACCCUCCCGUGCUUUGCUUUUUGUGAUCCUCAGCCCCGUCGGCUCUUACUUCAGCACAGGAAACAAGUCUGUGUGUCUGUGGGCCGACUCCAAAUACAUCAGGGCCUGGAAAGGAGGGACGGGGGACUGUAAAAUGGGAGGAAAUUACGGAGCUUCUAUCUUCGCUCAGAAAGAAGCCAUGGACUUGAACUGUCAGCAGGUUCUGUGGCUGUACGGAGAUGAUCACCAGAUCACCGAAGUCGGAACAAUGAAUCUCUUUCUCUACUGGAUCAACGAGGAUGGAGAGGAAGAGCUUGCCACGCCUCCUCUGGAUGGGAUAAUUUUACCUGGAAUCACACGCCAAAGCAUCCUGGAGCUCACACGUGAAUGGGGUAAGUUUAAAGUGUCGGAGCGGUACCUGACCAUGGCGGCACUGCGUCUGGCUCUGCAGGAGAAGCGUGUGAAGGAGAUGUUCGGCUCGGGUACGGCGUGUGUGGUGAGCCGUGUGGGCAAAGUGCUGUACCAGGGCGAGAAACUACAGAUCCCGUGUGAGGAGAAGGAAAACUCACUCGUCUCUCAGCUGCUGAAGGAGCUUACAGACAUCCAGUAUGGUCGGACUGAGAGUGACUGGACCAUCCUUGUGUAGAAGACCAGCAAAUGAACAAUUCACACACACACACACAGUGUGUGAACACACAACACACACUUAAUAGUUUUUAGUAUUCCGAAAUAAUUGUAUUGUAUGUGUAAUUUCCAGUAUUUGCAGUACUGUGGACCUAAUUGUACACACACACACACACACACACACACACACACACACACACACACACACACACACACACACCAGCUCCACAGCGACAGUCUUUAGCUUCUUAAAGCAGGUGUAUGAUAAUGCAGUUUAGUGCAACAGAUUUAAGCCUUAAGGCCAGUUCACUUUGGAGGUGUUUCAUGAAGCGUCACAUCGAGACUUCCUUCAGUUCUGUUUUAAAAAGAAAUUUACUUCACACACUCAGCCACUAUAGAGGUGUGUUAUGCUAUACGUCUUAAUUUCUCUUAAUAACUCAUUGAAUUGCAGUAAAGUAAAGAAAAAUCCCUGAGAUUUCACUUGUGACCCAUCGUUCUGUCCAGGGAAAUCCUUCAUAUGUGUCUAUUAUGUCGCUUAGCAACCAACGCCGUUAACUGAUGACAUUGUGUAGUGAAGGAAUUGUUUAAUGUGACAUUAUUCAUUAUACAUGAAGUUAUUUAUUGAAGACCAGAUGUUGUUUAAGCUGUAAUCCAUUUGAGGAUAAGUUCUGUAGAGGUUAUAUUACAGUGUACAGGUGUAGGACUGAUUUCAUUUACACCAGACAAAAUAAACAUCAGCACAUGGGUUGUUUAGAGUCCAACUGUUUAGGGUCUCAGGUCGUAGUUUAUAUGUGAACGGUUUUAAAAUUGCUGCUGGCAGAUGUGUACAGACAAAUCAUGCUUAUUGGCUGAGAGCGGGCGUGUCUGAGAGGAAGUGUUUUUGAGUGGGGCAAGUCUGAGAGAGCGUACUUUGGGGGGCGUGUCUGAGAGAGUGUUUUGGUGGGCGUGUCUGAGCGGGAGUGUUUUUGAGGGUGUGUGUCUGAGAGAGAGUUUUGGGGGCGUGUCUGAGAGAGAGUUUUUGGGGGGCGUGGCUGAGAGAGUGUUUUUGAGAGGGGGCGUGUCUGAGAGAG